AUGAGGAAAUUCUUGCAAAACUAUCAUAAUAGAGGAAAAGAUUCAAUUACUAUUUCCGAUCUGAAAAAUGGAAGAAUUUCCAAUAUUUGUGAGGCUGCAAGGAUUUAUGCAAUCCCUCGUAUAGCUCUCCGAGACCGACUAAAGAGAGUACAAUACCAACAUCUAGAUAAACGUGGAUUACCUCCUCGAUACUCUCUUGAACAAGAGCGCGGAAAUCAACAGGUUGGAGAGAAAUGGGUAUAUAAUCUCAUUCAACGUCGCCCAGAGAUUAAAUCACGUUUCUUACGGAAAUAUAAGUACGAGCGUGCCAUUAUCACUUAUAUUGAUUCUUCAGUCAUCUGGAAGAUCCUCAAACCAGCCUAA